AGGUGCGUAAUGCUGACUCCGCCUACAGCCCGAGUGUGCACACACAGCCUUUGCGUUUCAAACUUCCGAGUCCUAGAGCUAGGACUCUUUAUCAAAAACCUGUCGAGGUAUUCGCCUGAAUUUUCCUUAAAACGUUCGCUUUUGGAGGUUUCUAGUAACUCGUUGAAAGUUUGUCAGUGUAUUUGAGGCCUGGACAAACUGACAAUCAAAUGUAUCGGACAUGGCAACAGUUCCUCGCGUUUAUGGGUUUAUUCGCAGUGCCAGGUGUGCUGCGAGUCGUUGGAAUGGAGAUUUUCACAUCCAAUGAAGUGGAGGCAUUGAACGGGACAGAAGUGAGAUUGAAGUGCACCUUUAAGUCCAAACACCCAGUGUCCCACUCCUCUGUGGCUGUCUCCUGGAACUUCCGUCCCCUGAGCCAGGGAGCUGAGGAGUCGGUGUUUUACUACCAGGAGACGGCGUACCCCCCUACAGAGGGGCGGUUUAAGGGCCAUGCAGUGUGGUCAGGGGACAUCAUGAGACAGGACGCCUCCAUCAGCCUGCAUGAAGUCCCCUUCACCUUCAACGGCACCUACACCUGCCAGGUCCGCAACCUGCCCGACGUCCACGGCAUCAAUGGAGAGGUCACCCUCAGGGUUGUCCACAAAGUCUCCAUCUCAGAUAUAGGCAUCCUGGCUGCAGCCAUCGGGGGAACCAUCGCCAUAGUCCUGGUGCUGCUGGGUCUCUUCAUGGUGUACAAGUACUGCAACCGCCAUGCCAACACAGACAUGGAGCUGCAGGGGAGCAAACUGCAGGAAACCAGAGAGCUGCAGGAGCGAGAGUUGCAGGCCAACAUCCUACAGGAGAAAAAGCUGAAGGCCAGUGAGAAGGAGCGUAAGGACCCUACAGUGUGGUGAUGGGGUGUGUCUCCCUCCCUACCUCUGCUGAUUGGUGUGGGGAGGUGUUCUGUCUGGACAGACUGGUCUCUGACUGGAGGGGCUGGCCAGUCCAGGACCACAAUUUGGAGGGACUAAUGCUUUUUUUUGGUCGGUGUCCCUUUUUCUACACUCCCUCACUAUGAGUAUUAGGGAUCUCUGUACAUGUUUUAUGCACUUAAUGUUUUUUACAGACAACUAUGUGAUUGGGUUGACUGUGCCUGUGCCAUCCUAGGAUGUAAACCCCCCCAAAAAAAAAAACAUCACUAGAAUGCUAACAAAAUGCAAAAAAGUACUGAGGAAUCCCCAUAGCGGAUGCUAGGUCAAUGCUAACGAACGCUUGUGAACAUUUUACUAUUAACAACCCAGCUCCUAAAGUUAUGCAAGCAUCUCGAAACGCAGCAUGCACAAAAUAAAUUAGACAGCAGGGAUCUUAUUUCAGGACGGGAUCGUGUCUGCUGCUGUUACCAAGAAGCUUGAUCUUGCAAGCUAAGGUUAGCCACUUAGCUGGCAUUAGUAAAGUUGUAGAACCCAGCUGGAGAUAAUUUAUUUGCUACAUCUAAGAUAGUUAACUUAAUAGUUAUAAGAUGCAUAGCUGGCAAACAGCUGUAACUUGAUCACCUCACUUAAGUUGCGCUGUCGGGGUGACUCACCUCAUGAAGCUCCCAUUUUGCUCAUUGUCUAUCUUUGUAAACAAACACACUUGACUUGCUCAAACAGCUGUUUUGGGAUCUAGUACUGGUAAGCUUCAUAAUGGUUAACGCGGUCUGCUUUAUCUAUUACCUAGUGCACAAGUUGACUGCAGCUAUUUAUUUAAAAAGUACUAAUAUUCAAAUUUAUAAAAACAAAAAACAUUAUUGACAGUAUUGGGAAACCAUACUGAUGUUUCGAAAUACCCCGGGAUACGGUAUAUACGGCGUACCGCCAAAUCCUACUAUGUGAUUGUAUAUACGGCGUACCGCCAAAUCCUACUAUGUGAUUGUAUAUACGGCGUACCGCCAAAUCCUACUAUGUGAUUGUAUUUUGACUAUGUAGUAUGACUACUCUUAUUAGAUAUGGCUGAAAUGACACCAGCAGCAGUCUCUUGGUGUGGUGUCAUCUGUUUCUUAACAUUACGUUUGGUAGCCAUUUGUUCUAAAUUAAUAUACAGAAUUAUUUUAACACUUGAAUAAUCAACAUUAUAACUGAGCUAAUGGCCCAUACAUUUACAUUAUUCCCAAAUGAAUGUAUGUGUAUCUGGCAGCAGAUAUGUGAGUGUGUUUUAUGAUUAAGGUCCCGUUGUGAAUUUAGUCAGUGAAACCCUUUUUAUUUUUUUUAAACCUGUGGUAUCUUGGGUAGGCUACGGUGCUGGUGGAAGCCCUGUACUAGGGGUGGCUAAGGGCUAAGCUCAAGGUAAGGGAAAGGGCAAUAGGGCUGGUGGAAGCUUUCCUGGGCCAGGAGCUUUCAGUGACAAACCCACUCCUGCUUCCUGCAACAAUGACAGCAUAAAUGACUGCCUAUUACUGCUGGACAUAAAAAGUAACUGUCAUACACCUUUGAAUGCAGAAGAAGAACCCCACAAUUCCAAGAAGCCUGUUUUCCAUGUGUUAUGUAGUUUUUGUGAUCUGAUGUGCCCAAUGUGUCCAUUGAAGGAAGCUGUUCCAUCUCUCUUUCUGGGUCCAUGCUGAGGAUCAUGGGUGUUGUGGUCUCAAAGGUUUGGCUAUGGUAAUCUGGUACAUCAAUGCAGGACCCUCGCUGCUGUCCAAAUCAAUACACUAUCGUGUGUGUGUGUGUGUGUGUGUGUGUGUGUGUGUGGAGGAUGACUAAGCUCGGUAUAGAUAGGGCUGGAAAAGCCUCGAGCAAAGAGGGUGGAAUGUUAGCAGUAAAGCUUUUAUUGGCCACAAUUAGACUAAAUAUCAGUAUUGUCAGGAUCAAUGAGUGUACAGUACUCGAUCCUUUUAUUUUCAUCAUAAUGACGUAGCUAUUGAUUUUGGUGGUUAAAUCGAUCAUGCGUCUUCACCUACUGAUGAGACUGGAAGAGCUAUGUGAUUCUGAAUGACACUGGAGGUCAAGGCUGUAUUAUGUUUGAAUCUUCCUCAUCUGAUGCACAUAGACAUGGAUUGUGACUGUGAUGGCCAUGUUGUAUCACACUGUGCUGAGAGAGAGAGAGCGAACACUCCUAACAGUGUUUGAGAGAUGGUCAUAUGGUCCUACCCGGUGGAGCCUGCCGCUCACUCCUACAGUACACACAAGUAUGGCUUUCAGUUUAGGAGAAACAUGAAGAUGUCACUGGCCCAAACACGACUGCGUUUGUGUGUGGACCAUGUUAAUUCCUUAGUGAUGUGGACAUCGAGAAACUUGAAGCUCUCGACCCGCUCCACUACAGCCCCAUCGAUGUGGAUAGGGGCGUGCUCGUGCUUCGUUUCCUGUAGUCCACGAGCAGCUCCUUUGUCUUACUGAUGUUGAGGGAAAGGUUGUUGUCCUGGCACCACACUGCUAGGUCACUGACCUCCUCCCUAUAGGCUGUCUCAUCAUCAUUGGUGAUCAGGCCUAUAGAUGUAUAUCGUACAUGUAAACACAUUUUAUCUUAUAAGGUAGAGAUUUAUUUUAUUUACUAACAUUUUCAAUAAUGUAUAUUUUUAAUUGUAUUAUUUGCACCAAAUAUAAACGCAACAUGCAACAAUUUCAUAGAUUUUACGGAGUUACAGUUCAUAUGAGGAAAUUGGUCAAUUGAAAUAAAUUAAUUUGGCCCUAAUCUAUGGAUUUCACAUGACUGGGAAUACAGAUAUGCAUUUGUUGGUCACAAAAGAUGGGCCUCACAUUGGGCCUCAGGAUCUCGUCACGGUAUUUUUGUGAAUUCUAAUUGCAAUCGAUAAAAUGCAAUUGGAUUCGUUGUCCGUAGCUUAUGCCUGCCCAUACCACAACCCCACUGCCACCAUGGGGCACUCUGUUCAGAAAACCGCUCGCCCACACGACACCAUACACACCAUCUGCGUUUGUUAGGCCAGUUUGACGUACUGCCAAAUUCUCUAAAAUGAUGUUGGAGGCGGCUUAUAGUAAGGAAAUGAACAUUAAAUUAUCUGGCAACAGCUCUGGUGGACAUUCCUGCAGUCAGCAUGCCAAUUGCAUGCUCCCUCAAAACAUGAGAUAUCUGUAGCAUUGUGUUGUGUGACAAAACUGCACAAUUUUCGAGUGGCCUUUUAUUGUUCCCAGCACAAGGUGCACCUGUGUAAUCAUGCUGUUUAAUCAGCUUCUUGAUAUGCAACACCUGUCAGGUGGAUGGGUUAUCUUGGCAAUGGAGAAAACAGGAAUGUAAACAAAUUUGCGCACCAAAUUUGAAAGAAAUAAGCCUUUUGUGUGUAUGGAAAAGUUCAGGGUCUUUUAUUUCAGCUCAUGAAACAGGACCAACACUUCACGUGCUUUAUAUUUUUGUUCAGUGUAUAUAUACGGUGUAAAUCAGACUUGCCUGUAAGACUAUGAAGUACAAUUAAGCACAGGCUUAACUGAAUGACAACAGAGACAGAAUAAAUACAAUAUGGAAUUUUAUUGAAUA